ACUUUUACCUAACGAUGCAACUAAUUUCAAUUUCAGAAUAGCAUCUAUAUUUGGGUUCGCGACCACCGAGUACAUCACAAGUUCAGCGAAACCAACGCCGAUCCGCACAAUGUCAAGCGUGGGUUCUUUUUUGCCCACGUGGGUUGGCUUUUGCACAAGAAGCAUCCUGAUGUUCUCAACAAAGGCAAAACUGUUUCCAUGGAUGACGUUUUGGCUGAUCCUGUCGUUUACUACCAGCACAAAUACUACAUCCCCGGAGUCCUUAUUUUCUCCGUCUUCUUGCCAACCUUCAUCCCGUGGUACUUCUGGGGUGAGGACCUGUUGGUGGCUUACAUGGUUUGUGUCUCGGCGAGGUACGUGGUGACACUGAACUUCACAUGGCUCGUCAACUCUGUAGCUCAUUUGUUCGGCAACAAGCCCUACGACAAGGCAAUCAACGCUGUCGAGAACCUGGGCGUGGCGCUCGCUGCGUUCGGCGAAGGCUGGCACAACUACCACCACACUUUCCCCUGGGACUACAAAACCGCAGAAUUGGGGAUUUAUUCCACAAACCUAACAUCCUUGUUCAUCGACACGAUGGCGGUUAUUGGACAGGCCUACGACCGGAAGUCAGUCGACGACGACAUGAUCCGGAAGCGUGCCCUGCGAACUGGUGACGGCACGCACCAUAGCAUCCAAGAGAAGCAGGAUUAGAUUUUAGCUUCCUGAUGAAUUCGAAAAGCAAAAAGAAAUGCGUUGUUCAUUUUUUGUACCUUCUUCCCCCCCUUAUGUCUCAAUUCCAGGGUGUUCGUUUGCUUCUUAGAGGGCUUAGAUGCAUCCGAGUGGUUUCUUCCGAAUGGUGGUAGAUUGUUACGGAUACUUCGGGUUAGACUGAUUUCGAACGAGCCAGAAAACCCUUAGGAUUGGUUCCAAUCGUGGUUCGCAGCGUCGUUCGAUUGUGUCAUUGAAGAAAAAAAAAAAAACGCGAUGUGUGCGCGGAUGCCGUGACGAUUCUCAGGAAACCAACUUGGAUACUGCAGGCAGAGUUGGUGAAAGAUUUUUUUUCCGCGGCGAAUUUGAUCAAAUCGCACGUCAGAACGUGCGGCAUUGUUAAUAUUCUCGAAAUGGUUUGUAGCACUCUGACAUGUUUUGCAGUGUAGGAAGAGUGCGCUUUCCAGUUGUCCAAAGAUUCACCUUGCUGGUUGCAUUGCUUUUUCCGCGCGUUCGUUAUUCGAAAAAUGCGGGCGAAGUGCGUACGAAUUAUUGUUGCAAAAAAAUAUCAAGAGAUUCUGAAAAAAAAGAUUAGCGUUAUUUUUUCAUACCGUCCAUGCAAUUCGUUCCAUGGGGUAGUUUCCUGUGAAUUGUCACUGCGUAACACCGAGUGCCCUUUUUUUUUUGGAAGAAACCAAGUGUUUCGAGCCGUCUUCGCGGCUUGCGACUCAUGCCAAAGAAACAGCUUACAUUCGAAGGCAAGUUGGCAUUGAUUUUUCCAUCAAAUCAAGUGGGCGAAGCCAAAUUUUUCAGCCAUUAUUCCUGUGAUUUUGCUUUCUCCAUGCUGUUAUGCACCCUGUUUUGGUUUCACGUACGUUCCGAGUUUUUCAUGUUUUUGUUUCGCGUUUGUUUCGACUGUAGCGAAGUCAGUUUGAUGGGUUAAUGGGUGAACCACGGCGUAAUGCGUGGAUUGAGGAUGCAGUUGAUUGUUGUGCGAUUAAGUGGCCCUGAAGUCGAGCAGCGAGUUGUUUUCUAAAAUAUUGAAUAUGUCCGACGAACUGUUCGUCGGAUUCGAAGAAAAUGAGUUUGCCUUGCCAAGAAGCGGCACCUUUGUACUGCGAACGCAUUACCUGAAAGCAUGUUUUGGCUUCGUCGUUGAUGAGUCGUUCUUCUGCAUCGUUGGCUGAGGCAAAUCGCUUUGAUUUUCUUUGUGAAUCGCAAAACUUGGCAUGUGUUACAAUUUUCUGGCCACGAAAUGAUCAUGAUAAUAAAGCGAAUACGAAUGCAUGAACAA